AUGGCCCCUGAACUAAACCCCCCUCCCAAUACGGUCCUGGCCCGCCAUCGACCGCUGGCCCCAACAGCAUCAGUCCGCGUAUCGCCACUUGUCCUUGGUGCCAUGAACUUUGGGGACAAGAUGAAAGAUAAAUUAGGCGAGUGCGACAAGGAAGCAGCCUUCUCGAUCAUGGACUAUUACUACUCCCAGGGCGGGAAUUUCAUCGACACAGCAAACAAUUACCAACUCGGCCAAUCUGAGGAAUGGGUUGGCGAAUGGCUGGCGUCGCGAAACAACAGAGACGACAUCGUCCUGGCCACCAAGUACAGCAGCGCCUAUAUGCUACACGAGAAGAGAAAGCUCCAGGCAAACUAUGGUGGCAACAGCAUCAAGUCCAUGAAGCAUUCCCUUGAGCUGUCCCUUAAGAAGCUCCAGACCACGUACAUUGAUCUAUUCUACCUCCACUGGUGGGACUACUCAACCUCGAUUCCCGAAGUCAUGCAUGCUCUCAACGAUCUCGUUGUCUCGGGGAAGGUCCACUAUCUAGGAGUCUCGGACACCCCGGCCUGGGUCGUCUCCAAAGCCAACCAAUACGCUCGGUCAUCAGGAUUGCGUCAGUUCGUCGUCUAUCAGGGAAACUGGAACGCCGCACAGCGUGACUUUGAGCGGGACAUCAUUCCGAUGUGCAUGAGCGAGGGCAUGGGCUUGUGUCCAUGGGGUGUUCUCAACGCAGGACGCUUCCAGACUGAACAAGGCUUCAUCCAACGUGAGAGCGGCCAUCCCGGAAGGAGGAAUAAGGUAACGGACCAUGACAGGAAGGUGUCCAAGGCCCUUGAGAAGGUGGCUACCGCUAAGAAUGCGUCCAUUCUAGACGUCGCUCUGGCAUACGUCCGCUAUAAAGCCCCCUUUGUGGUUCCGCUAGUUGGAGGAAGGACGGUAAAGCACAUCGAGGGCAACAUCAAUGGUCUGGGCCUCGAGCUUACAGCAAAUGCCUUGCGUGGGAUCGACGCGGCAUAUGACUUUGAUCCCGGUUUCCCGCACACUUUUUUGAGUGGCACAUCGCUGAGCGGGGAGCCCCCAAAGGGUGCGUACUCACCCGGUGAGGUCUGGCUCACUGCAUUGAUGGGCAAUUUCGAAUGGGCUGAAGCGGCCAAGAUUCCCCGAGAUAGUCUGAAUGAUUGCAUAUAA